AUGGCACCCUCCGUCCAUCAGGUUGCUCAAAUCUUUGAGGAUCCAGAACCUCAACAAAGAGGCCGAAGAGCGAACCACAACCGAGCUCCUUCAGUGGGAGACGUCCUCAGAGGACGUCAAAGGGACAACGUUAGCCCUGCAAAGCCGCAGAAACCAUCCGGUCGAGAAGUUGCCAACUCUGCCAGUCCACUUGGAGAGCGGCACAUCAACAGCCCACCACAACCGAAACGAAUUGCAACAAAAACAGGAGAUGAGCCUGGCCGUCUUGCUCUGUCCCGCACGCACAAAAAGACAGGGAGUUCGGUGUCGUUGAAAGGAAUCAUUUUGGGCAAAGAGAAGAGUGCGGAUACUGGGAGUAUUUCCCCGGUCGAGGGCAACACGGCCGACAAGAAACUUAAGAAGGUGAAAUCAGCCAGCAACCUGACUGGACUACUGAAACGGAGGUCGAAGAAAGAUCUCAGGGAAGAGAAUAACAGAAACAGCAGCAACCAAGAAAAUUGCCCUCCACCAAAGACAACACUCAGCGAGAGUCCCACUCCCAUUUGGGCACAGUUUGCGACCCAGCCUUUGGAAGCGGCGGAUGGCAAGAUGAUAUAUCCAGCUUCGAAGAGAAGGACUGUUCAAGAGGAGAUAAAUCUGUAUACCCCCAAAGACUAUUCCGAAUUUCGUCCUGCGGAACAAAGGAACUUUUAUGGCUACGGUCCAGCGGCAUCACCGGUGUUGGACUAUCAGCCACCGCAAAGACCAUUCUUGGAGCACAAAUCUAGCAGAAGCUCCAUCUUCACCGAGAACAUUGAUGAUAAUACUGAAGCGGAUAUUAAACCGCCAAAGAGUAGGGAUGGACAAAUCAGCCGCCCAGCUUCCUCUUGCAAACCUGAUGGGCAUCCCAUUACACCCAUCCAACCUCCAUCCUCAUCUCAAGCAGACCCCAAAGUCAAGCUAGGCUCGAGGGUUUUCGAGGCAAUCCAGACUUUCAAUAUGAGAGCUCGCAAGGACACCCGUCCCGUCCCAGAGCCUCUGAAUUCCGCAACCUCUCCCCUCAGUCCUCAAGAGCUGGACUCGGCGUUUGAGAAAGUGUUGGAUUCAUUGAACAUUCCACUGAAUAUGCGGGACAAUAUGCGAAACCUCAAGCCAGAUGUCAAGGCCGGCCUGAUGAAGGGUGAUCGUGUUGGCAGUGGUUCGUCUACGAUGUCAGCCAUCGCUGAUAGCACGGAGGCCAGCUCAUCAUCUAGGAACUCUCACAAAAAAGAAAAUGAGAGGCCAAGGAGCGAGGGUGAGGAGAGCAAGGAAGGCAGACGAUCCAGAUCCCGAUCCCGCCCAAGAAGUCGUAUCUUGACACUGACCAGGCGGGAAGAAGACUCUCCUACAAAGCAAGACAAGCCAAGUUCAUCCUUGAGAUCACGCAGUAAAUCCAGGAACAAAUCCGCCGACUUGACGAGCUCCAGACCCAAUUCGGCGAAAGCAAUGUCUUCGACUGUGUCGCUAACAUCCCUCAAUCCGGCAGACAGCGCUACCACUCCCGGAGAUUUCAUCCAUUACCUUCGAGAGGUACAGAAACCUGCACUCGUAGAAGUCAGCAAGCUUCACAAACUGAGGAUUCUUCUGAGGAAUGAGUCGAUUUCUUGGACGGAUCAUUUCGUCAGCAAGGGCGGCAUGGACGAGCUUGUUCAACUCUACUACCGCAUCUCCAAGAUCGAGUGGCGCGAAGAACAUGAAGACAAUCUUCUCCACGAGGCUCUGCUGUGCUUGAAGGGGUUGUGCACGACAUCCCUUGCCCUACAACGUCUGCAGCAAAUGGAAAAUGAGUUCUUCCCAGCACUCUUGCGAAUGUUAUUCGAUCCAGAGCGAAAGGGUCCAUCAGAGUUCAACACCAGAGGCGUGAUAAUCUCGCUCCUUUUUGCUCACUUGUCAGCCGAGGUCGGUUCUAGUCCGGAGGUUGUUCAAGGACGAGCACAGAAAAUCCUUGGAUUUCUCAAGGACCCCGUACCAGAGGAUGGCAAACAGCCGCUCGACUUUGUGUCACAAAUGCAUACUCCUCGACCUUACCGAGUCUGGUGCAAAGAAGUUGUUAAUGUCACGAAGGAAGUUUUCUGGAUAUUCCUGCAUCAUCUCAACGUCAUUCCCAUUAUCGAGGUUGAUGACUCAGUGGGCUAUUGUAAAGCACAUUUCCCCCCUCCUCGACCACCGCACCCGGCUGCCCCGUACGUGGGAGGCGUUGAAUGGGAAGCGACGCAGUACCUCGCUACCCAUCUGGAUCUAUUGAACGGGCUGAUAGCCUGCCUCCCGACUGCGGCGGACCGGAAUGCAUUGCGGGAAGAGCUAAAGCAAUCCGGGUUCGAGAAAGUGAUGGGCGGGAGUCUUCGAACAUGCAAAGAAAAGUUCUAUUCAGGGGUCCAUGAAGGCCUAAAGUGUUGGGUUGCAGCGGCCAAAGCAGACCAGUGGCCAGCGGAAGACGUCAGAGCAGGUCCGCCGAGAGAAACGCUUAGUCCGAGGAAGAGUCCCGUCAAGAAGAAAGGCGAUGAGCCUCCACAACUCGCUUUGGAUGUGGGUGUUGGUCACGGACAGUCAUCGAAAGUGGACGAUGGCUGGAUUUGA